CGCUGUCUGUCCCAGACGUCUCCGUUUGUCCAUGGUGUCUCCACCUGUCCAUGGUGUCUCCAUCUGUCCAUGGUGUCUCCAUCUGUCCAUGGUGUCUCCAUCUGUCCAUGGUGUCUCCAUCUGUCCCUGAUGUCUCAGUCUGUCCCUGAUGUCUCAGUCUGUCCCUGAUGUCUCAGUCUGUGUCUUACAUCAGGAUGAGAAGAACAGCUGGAGGAUGUGACAGAAAAGCUUGUGGUCCUCAGUAAGACAGAUCCUGCUGCUGGCACCAUGCUGGGUGGUCUCACUGGUUUCCUUCAUGGGGUGGAGCCCACUGCAUCACCGUGGUCUGUGGUGGUCCUGAUGUUCUGCUUGAACCUGGGUCCAGCCCAGGCAAGCACCUGCCCGUCUCAGUGUCUGUGUACUUCAGACCUCCUCAGCUGUACAGAUCUGGGUCUGGCUCAGGUCCCUGAGGUGCUGCCAGUCUUCAUAGUCACUCUGGACCUGAACCACAACCGUAUCGUGCAGCUGGAGGAGGAAAGCUUUGAGGGUCUUCCUCAUUUGGAGAUGUUGCGUUUGGCACAUAACCAGGUGACCUCAAUCCAGUCCGGAGCCUUCAGAAACUCCUCAGGUUCUCUGCUGCGACACCUGGACCUGUCGUCCAAUCAGCUAAUGGUUCUGGAGCAGCAUUACUUCCAGGACCUGCCUGGACUGCAGGAACUGCUGCUGUUCAACAACCGUAUUGUCCGUGUGGAGACCGGAGCUCUGAACCACCUAAAGAACAUCCACAAGGUCUACCUCAGUCACAACCUUCUUACCACCUUCCCCUUCUUCAGCAUCCAGAAGCACAGCCACCCCAACCUGACCAUGCUGGACCUGUCCUCCAACCGGCUGCCCAAACUGCCCCUAAAGGACAUCUCCAACUUGCCCCAGUCUGUCCAGGAGGGUCUGUACCUGCAUAACAACUCCCUGCUGUGUGACUGUUCCAUGUACUCCCUGUUCAGGUUCUGGGAACAGAUGGACUUUGCUUCCAUCAGGUUCUUCAGGCAGGAGCACGUCUGUCUGCUCUACGGGAUCCCAAGAGGCGUUCGCUUCUUCCUCUACAACCGUUUCUUUGAUGGAUGCAGGCUGCUGGAGCUGAAGCAGCAGAGCAGGGAUGUGUCAGUCCGGGCGGGGGCGCGCCUGCUGCUGCACUGCAUCACCUCUCUGUCUGGAACCAGACCCGCCUUCUUCUGGUUGGCACCGAACUCAGAGUACGUGACGCCGCCCGGGAACAACGGCUCCUUAAACAUGUUCCCCAACGGUAGCCUGGAGAUAGUGGCAGCCCGUGAGGAGGACUCUGGAAUCUACCUGUGCAUGACUCAAGACCAGGACAGGAACGAGACCGGGGAGGUGAACGUGACCGUGCUGCGCCACGAGGAUGAGGCUCAUGAGCACUUCAACACGGGCUUCACCACCCUGCUGGGCUGUGUGGUCAGCCUGCUGCUGGUACUGAUGUACCUGUACCUGACGCCCUGCCGCUGCCCCAAGCACCUCCCCCCGCCCACCGCCGCUCUGAGUCGAGGCAAGGAGGCGGGGCCAGGGAGCGCCCAGUCCUCUAUCCUGACCCCGACCCCACCGACGACCACCGAGGGUCCGGGGCGAAAGGUCUAAAAAACCCUGGACUCCAGUAAAACCUAGCCUGUUCACCUGUCUGACCCAGAAACAGAUCAAUCACCUUCAGCUCGUACAAAACUCUGCAGCAAGACUCUUAACCCGAACUUCAAAAUUAACACACAUCUCCCCGAUCCUUUCAGAGCUUCACUGGCUCCCUGUUCAUUUUCAAAUCAAGUUCAAAAUCCUGGUCCUCACUUUCAGAGCUCUUCAUGUCCAGUCGCCUGACUACAUUAAAAGUCUCAUCUCCCCUUACAACCCAAACCCAGCCUACGCUCACAGGAUCAACAUCUCCUAAUGGUUCCCCUCACACGUCUCAAGACCCGCGGUGACCGGUCCUUCUCCUCCAGGGCCCCCAGGCUCUGGACUGAUCUUCCUAUCCAUCUGAGCACGCUUGAAAGCAUUGAUUCAUUCAAGAAAUAUCUGAAAACACACCUCUUUAAACAAGCAUUUAACUAACUAAUUUCAGCGUUUUUCUGCAGCCUGACCUUUUAGUGUCUGUUUCACCAAACCCUACCUGCUGACCGUACAGUUCAUCAUAUUAAUAUAUGUCAAACAGACAGGACUUUCAUCCAAAAUCAGUUCAAUUUAUCAAAAAUGUAUUUUUAUAAAAUGUACCAGUACUCCACAAUCGACCCAUUCAGAGACCUGCCUCCUAAUUAAUUUCUGAUUUAAAAAUCCUUCAUCUUAAUAUGUUAAUGUUUUACUCUGCCCUCCACAUUUUUGUCUGGAUAUUAUUUACUUGUUUUAUUUUUUGGAUUGUACAGUCUUCAUACUUUGAUGGUUGUACAGCUUUUAUACUGUUUUGUUCCAAAUUUUUGUAUAUCCUGUUCUGAUUGUACAGAUUUAGAUUUGCCUCUGAUUGUACAGAUUUAGAUUUGCCUCUGAUUGUACAGCACCUUGUGAAUCUAUUUCUAUGAAAGCUGCUAUAUAAAUAA